AUGAAAAACCACACAGAAAUACCAGAGUUCAUCCUCCUGGGAUUGUCAGAUGACCCACAGCUUCAGGGGGUGACCACUGACUUUCUGCUCAUCACCUACAUGCUCAGCAUCACUGGGAACCUGACCACUAUCACCCUUACCCUGCUGGAUUCCCACCUCCAGACUCCCAUGUAUUUCUUCCUCAGAAAUUUCUCCUUGCUAGAGGUUUCAUUCACAACUGUCAGCAUACCCAAGUUCCUGGGCACCCUAAUUACAGGAGAUAAAACCAUUUCCUUUAAUGAUUGCAUUGCUCAGUUGUUUUUUUUCAUUCUGUUGGGAGUCACUGAAUUUUGCCUUCUGGCUACCAUGUCCUAUGACCAUUACAUUGCCAUCUGCAAACCUCUGCAUUACAUGACCAUCAUGAAUCCCAGAGUCUGCAAACUCCUUCUCUUUGCCUCUUGGUUGGCUUCAUUCUUAAUCAUAUUCCCAUCACUCAUGCUGUUCAUACAGCUUGAUUACUGUAAGUCCAACGUUAUAGACCAUUUUACCUGUGAUUAUUUCCCCUUACAACACCUUUCUUGUUCAGACACAAAAUUCCUAGAGACAGUGGGUUUUUCCUGUGCUGUGUUUACUCUACUGUUCACUUUGGCGUUAAUAAUUCUGUCCUACAUAUAUAUCAUUAGUACAAUUUUGAGGCUUCCUUCUGCUAGUCAGAGGACAAAGUCCUUUUCCACCUGUUCAUCCCACAUGAUUGUCAUCUCCAUCUCCUAUGGCAGCUGCAUUUUCAUGUAUAUUAAUCCAGCAGCAAAAUACAGAGUGUCUCUGAGCAAGGGUGUUGCUGUGCUGAACACCUUAGUAGCAGCCCCCAUACUGAACCCCUUUCUUUACAGCUUAAGAAACCAGCAAGUCAAGCGAGCCUUCAUGGACAGGGCAAGGAAGACUGUAUUUUUCUCAAGCAAAUAA